UACGAAGACAGACUGACAGAUUGCUUCACCGCCGAUGGAGGUGUCCGCGGUGUGCCUCUCCGCCACCACCUCCGCCUCCGCUUCUGUCUCUCCAUUUCUCUCCUUCUUCGGAGCAAGAAAGAUCCGGGAACGUGGCCGUACCUUGACUUCUUUAUCGGUUGCCGUACAGGAAACACAAGCCCCAACUACUGAUUCUGCCGCCACUACCUCCUCAACUUCGAAUUCCCGGGGUUCUCUCUCUGUUAGAACCCGUUUCAACUCUCCCGUAAGACGAUCAUCAAUUGACGAGGUUAAAGCUUGUUCCGACCCGGUUUCUGCCCUCUCCAGGGUUGAGGGGGUAUUGCAAGUUCAAGACUUCAAUAUCAUAUUACGCCAUUUUGGAGAGUCAAGAAGAUGGAGUGAAAUUUCUCAGAUUUUCGACUGGAUGCAGAACUGUGGGAAGAUUAACUUUGCUUCAUAUAGCAGCUUUUUCAAAUAUAUGGGUUUAAGUCGUAAUCCUAACAAAGCACUAGAGAUAUAUUAUGGUAUCCCAGAUAAAUCAUUGAAAGUUAAUGUCUCUGUUUGUAACUCCAUUCUUGGUUGUAUGAUGGCUAAUGGAAGAUUUGAUAGCAGUCUGAAAUUAUUUGAGCUAAUGAAAGAUGAUGGUCUAUCACCAGAUUUGGUUACUUAUAGUACGCUUUUAUCAGGUUGCAUUAAAGCAAAGCAUGGUUACUCAAAGGCAACACAAUUGGUCAAGGAGCUUCAGAAUAAAGGUUUAAGCAUGGAUAGUGUCACUUAUGGCACUCUUCUAGCUAUUUGUGCUUCAAACAAUUUAUGCAAUGAAGCCGAGAUGUAUUUUACUCAGAUGAAAAAUGAAGGUCAUUCUCCUAAUGUCUUCCACUAUAGCUCUUUGCUAAAUGCAUACUCAGGGGAAGGGAAAUAUUUGAAGGCUGAGAAGCUAGUGAAUGAAAUGAAAGCUUCCGGAUUAGCUCCUAAUAAGGUCACCUUGACUACUUUACUAAAAGUAUAUGCUAGGGGUCAUCUUUUUGAGAAAUCUCAGGAACUCUUGUCGGAGCUAGAGACUCUGGGAUAUGCUGCGGAUGAGAUGCCAUAUUGCAUAAUCAUGGAUCAUCUUGCAAAGGCAGGACAUCUACUGGAGGCAAAGAAAAUAUUUGCCCAGAUGAAGGAAAAAGAUGUAAAAUCUGACGGGUAUUCAUACAGCAUUAUGAUUUCAGCAUUAUGUCGUGAUGGCUCAUUGAAUGAGGCAAAAGAACUUGCUAAGGAUUUUGAAAAAAAGUUUGAUAAAUACGACCUGGUUAUUGUUAAUAACCUGUUAAGAGCUUACUGCAAUGCUGGUGAUUUGGAAAGUGUAAUGCAUAUGCUAAAAAAGAUGGAUGGGUUGUCAAUAAACCCAGAUUGGAAUACCUUUCAUAUCCUGAUCAAGUAUUUUUGUAGAGAGAAGUUGUAUCACCUUGCAUUCAAAACUAUUGAGGACAUGAAUGGCAAAGGCCAUCAACUGAACGAGGAACUAUGUUCUUCUGUAAUUUUACAACUUGGACAAUCAGGCUUUCCUUCGGAGGCGUUUUCUAUUUAUAAUAUGUUGAGGUACAGCAAGAGAACAUUAUGCAAGUCACUGCAUCAGAGGAUGUUCAGCAUCUUGGUAAGAGCAGGUCUCCUGAAAGAUGCUUAUGUAGUAAUGAAGGAUAAUAGUCAAUCUUUAUCUGCAAAAUCCUUGGAGAAGUUUGCUAUGUCAUUCAUGAAAUCAGGUAAUAUAAAUUUGAUAAACGAUGUUCUAAAGGCACUUCAUCGAUCAGGCUUCCAAAUUGGCUCGGAUGUAUUCAGCACGACAGUUUCACGUUAUAUAGCAACACCUGCAAAGAAGGAUCUGCUUUUGCAUUUGCUAAAAUGGAUGUCAGUCCUUGGCUACUGUGUAGACUCUUCAUCAAGAAAUCUACUUCUCAAAAAUGCUCAUCUGUUUGGUAAUAAGCAGAUCAUAGCAGAAAUUUUAUCCAAGCAACACGGGAUGUCCAGAAAGAACAAGACAAACAAAACAUGAAUGAGUGAUCUGGAGGAGGAUGACAAACAGCUCAGAUGUGUCUCAAUGACACGCACGCCGUGUGUAUUUCUUUACACUGGAUUUUGAUCACUUGGGUUGGUUCAGUUUCGGCAGAUUUUGUAUCCUAGAUGGUCCGCCCAAUACAUGGCAGUGAAGCACACUGAGACAAGAAUUGUAGAUUGAUUCCUUUCACCAGCGUUUCCACUAUCUACCGGAUGCAAGCAGCUAAAUAUUGGAUUGUUAUUUGUUCUUUGCUAAAUAUUGGAUUGUUAUAUGCCCCAAGAACAUUACAAGGCGCAUAUCAAGAGGGUGCGGUGGGCAUGCCUUUGGACACGGUUGAUUGCUAAUUUUAGCAAAUUAUUGUGCUGGUUGGCCAAUGUGCAUUGGAAUAAUAAUUCUUCUUCUUUCAACUUUUGUAAACACACCAAACGUGAUCCGCUAGCAUUACCAUCUGCUAUACUAAUAUAUUAGAGUCAGCUUUUGGACAUUCUUAAACAGGUGCUUUUAAGAAAAGCAAACCAUUUGCUAGCCUAUGGUGUCGAAUGUAUAAUCUAAAUUUCUAUGA